UAUUUUGUUAAUUAGAAAAAGAUAUUGUUUAUUUUCUUAAAUAGAAUGGUUCCAAAAUUGACAUACUUUAAUGGAAGGUGGUUGGCUGAGUUAACACGUCUCCUCUUUAGCUACGGUGAUGUGGAGUUUGAAGAUAUUCGUGUAAUUCCAAGUAGUAGCGAAUGGGAACGUUUAAAACCUAAAACCCCAUUUGGUCAAUUACCACUUUUAGAAGAAAAUGGAAUAGUUGUGUGUCAAAGUACAGCUAUCGCUAGGUAUGCAGCUAAAAAAGUUGGAUUAAUGGGAGCUAACGAUUGGGAAACUUUGGAAAUUGAUGCUAUCGUAGACACAAUAUCUGAUUUGAGAUUUAAAACAUUUCGAUUUGUUUAUGAGACAGAUGAAACAAUAAAAGAAUCAAUGAAGAAAACAUCUAUGGAAGAAACACUUCCCUAUUAUUUAGAAAAAUUGGAUAAAAUCGCCAAAGAAAAUAAUGGUUACAUGGUGGCUAAAAAAUUAACCUUGGCUGAUUUCGCAUUAAAAGUUAUUCUUGAAAAUAUUGAAGCUUUUGCUGGAAAAACCCCGUAUGAAAAGUAUGAAAAUUUAAUUGCUAAUAAUCAAUCAAGCCAAGCUGGGUUUAAAAAAUCAUAG